AAUUACCAGACUCAGAAUCCACUGUUCUUUUCAUUUGUGGCGUCGUGCAACAUGGCGGCUUGGUAAAACGAAGAUAGUUCGAAAGCAUCUUGUUUUUAAGUGACCAUGAUGGCUGGUGAUCCAACCGACAAGAACAAUGCAGCAGAGACCUCAGGAGUCAAGGAUAAGGAUAAGGAUCGGGAGCGGAAACGCAGUCGCUCACGAGAGCGUGAACGCAAAGGCUCCCCGUCCAAGGACCGGAAACCUCGCCAACGCUCUCGUGAACGCAACCGAUCCAAAUCCGCAGAAAGAGAUCGCCGUCUGAAGGACAAGGAGAGAGAAAAGGAGCACGACCGGGACAAGAACAGAGAGAGGGGCCGCAAGGACCGAGACAAGGACGGUCACCGCAGAGACAAAGACUGCAGCAAGAAAUCCAGAAGCCUCUCCCCCAAGUCCAAGGACAGGAUAAAGAGGGAGAAGGAUUUGAAGAAAGAGGAGGAUGAGGAAGAUGAGAAAAAGAAGAAAAGCAAGGUCCAGCCACUGUCUCUAGAGGAACUUCUAGCCAAGAAGAAAGCAGAGGAGGAGGCUGAGGCAAAGCCCAAGUUCCUGUCCAAGGCGGAGCGUGAGGCGGAGGCUCUGAAAAGGAGGCAGCAGCAGACUGAGGAGAGGAAGAAGACUAUCGAUGAGGACAGGAAGAAGAGGAGGAUGUUCCAGGACAUCGGGAGGAAGAUGAUGGAGGACCCCCAGGAGAGGGACAGACGAGAACGGAGAGAGCGGAUGGAGCGAGAGAACAACGGGGACCAAGCGGACGACGGAAGACAGAAGAUCAGAGAGGAGAAGGAUAAGGGCAAGGAGCUCCAGGCCAUUAAGGAGCGCUACCUGGGCGGGACUAAGAAGCGCCGGCGGACACGUCACCUGAACGACAGGAAGUUUGUCUUUGAGUGGGAUGCCUCUGAAGACACGUCUACUGACUACAACCCCAUUUAUAAAGAGAAGCACCAGGUUCAGCUGUAUGGCCGGGGCUUCAUCGCUGGGAUCGACCUCAAGCAACAGAAGAAAGACCAGUCCCAUUUCUACGUGGACAUGAUGGAGACGAGACGCACACUGGAGGAGAAGGAGCAGGAGGAGGUGCGGCUGAAGAAGGUUCAUAAGAAGGAGGCCAAGCAGCGUUGGGAUGACAGACACUGGUCGCAGAAGAAGCUGGAGGAGAUGGCGGACAGGGACUGGCGUAUCUUCAGGGAGGAUUACAGUAUCACCACCAAGGGUGGCAAGAUCCCCCACCCCAUCCGGAACUGGAAGGAGUACAACCUGCCCCCACACAUCGUGGAGGUCAUCGACAACUGUGGCUACAAGGAUCCAACGCCUAUCCAGAGACAAGCCAUCCCCAUUGGCUUACAGAACCGCGACAUCAUCGGCGUGGCUGAGACGGGUAGCGGUAAAACGGCUGCCUUCCUCAUCCCCCUAUUGGUCUGGAUCACGACCCUGCCUAAGGAUGAAAGGAUCGAGGACUCGGACCAGGGUCCGUAUGCAGUGAUCCUGGCCCCCACCCGUGAGCUGGCGCAGCAGAUCGAGGAGGAGACCCUUAAGUUUGGGAAACCUCUGGGCAUCCGCACCGUGGCCGUCAUCGGCGGUAUCUCCAGGGAGGACCAGGGCUUCCGCCUCCGGAUGGGCUGCGAGAUAGUGAUCGCCACCCCGGGUCGUCUGAUAGACGUGUUGGAGAACAGAUACCUGGUCCUGGGCCGCUGUACCUACGUGGUACUGGACGAGGCUGACCGCAUGAUAGACAUGGGCUUCGAGCCUGACGUCCAGAAGAUCCUGGAGUACAUCCCUGUGACCAAUCAGAAGCCAGACACGGACGAGGCAGAGGACCCAGAGAAAAUGAAGAUGAACUUCGAGAUGGGAAAACACAAGUACAGACAGACGGUCAUGUUCACAGCUACCAUGCCCGCGGCGGUAGAGCGGUUGGCCCGUAACUACCUGCGUCGUCCGGCCGUGGUGUACAUCGGUUCAGCUGGUAAACCCCACGAGAGAGUGGAACAGAAGGUCCUGCUGAUGGGAGAGGGAGAGAAAAGGAAGAGGCUGCUGGAUGUUUUGGCGCGCGGGUUCGAGCCGCCCAUCAUCAUCUUCGUCAACCAGAAGAAGGGUGUCGACGUGCUGGCCAAGUCUCUGGAGAAGAUGGGGUACAAUGCUUGCACGUUGCACGGUGGCAAGGGCCAGGAGCAGAGAGAGUUUGCUCUGUCCAACCUGAAGGCCGGAGCCAAGGACAUCCUGGUGGCCACCGACGUGGCUGGGAGAGGUAUCGACAUCCACGACGUCUCCAUGGUGCUCAACUACGACAUGGCCAAGAACAUCGAGGACUACAUCCAUCGUAUCGGUCGUACGGGUCGCGCUGGGAAGAGCGGCGUGGCGCUGACCUUCCUCACCAAGGAGGACUCGUCAGUGUUCUACGACCUGAAGCAGGCAUUCCUGGAGAGCCCCGUGUCCACCUGCCCCCCCGAGCUGUCCAACCACCCCGACGCCCAGCACAAGCCUGGUACCAUCCUCACCAAGAAGAGGCGCGAGGAGACAAUCUUCGCCUGAUGUGCCAGAUCGUGUUAAAUGGUUACGCCGCCCUAGGACCAGCCACCACACACACUGGGUUUUCACUCAUUUUUAUCAUCUGUGUCUUCUGUUCUGUUAUUUUUUUCUCUUUCUCAGUCUUGCCACUCUCUUCAGUCCUCCUUUCUCAUUCCUCCAUAGUUAGGCUUCCUCUUCUGUAGCCCGGCUACUGUACGAAAUGUUAGGCUGAUGUAAGGGCCUGGGGGUUCAUAUAGCUGUCUGGUUUUGCUACAGGAGAAUAGAGGGCUUCUUGGUCUGUGUGGGGAAGAGACGGUAAUGGAAGGUCAUGUGAGCGCCAAACCUACACUUAUUUCAAAGAGCCCCUGUAACCACACACAAGCGGUCCCAAAAGGCCAAGACAGAAAUGUUGUAGUGUGAUUGUGUAUUAUACAUUUUUUCAUUGGAGUUAGCCCUGUUGUGACAAGUUUUAAAAUGGUAUAAAAAGACCAAUACAUUGAAUACCUUUUGUCUCCCAGAGAAACCUGGUAGAUGUGGUGUUUUUUUUCUUUCAUCAGUCAGCUGGUUAUAAUGAGUAUUUUGGGAUGUGAUGUUUGCUACAUUGAUAUCUAUGAAGUGAAUAAAACCAACUUUUGACUGACA